UUUCACCUUUGUCCUACAUCAUGUCGAGUCUCUUCCCAGAAUUGGGUCCCUAAGUAGACAAUUUCUGUGGUUUCUUGGUUACCGAUCAAAACAUCGAAAUCGUGAUGUGUCUAUCUUCCAUCACUCGCUCACGUUGUUCUAUCGCUCCUGUUGCAGCCGGCGGUCAACUGUACUGUCUAUACAGUCAGAACACAAGCUCCACCCACUACACGAUCCUGUACAACGCUGACGCGAGUGUUGAUGACAGCACAACCUACCAGACUGUAUGCAUGGUCCUCGAGAAGUCCAGCAGCGGUGCAGUGUACGCCACCCAAUAUCCCAAAGAAUGUCAGAACGCCACCGUCAUGAAUUCCACAGCAGUUGCCUCCCCUGGAGCCAGUUUGAUCCUAACGCUCAAUGAUUCCUGUCCUGUCACCACCACGGCCGCCGCGGCUGAACAAACUAACACAGCGUCUGUAAUCGGGGGAACACUCGGAACUCUUAUCAUCAUCGCUGCCGGCGUCGUCAUCUUACUCGGCGUCUUGUGGUGGAUGAAGAGUAAGAAGACGUCGUCCAAGGUGGACAAGCAGGAGGAGGACAAGGAAGUGAUCAUACCUCAAGGUAAAGGCGACAUCAACUCCAGGACGUUGUUCACGCCGACUAACAAGAUCCCACUUCACAACGAGGGCGAGGUUCUUUCACAACGUCAGAUCCACACCAGCUUCGACAGCACGGACGGCACGACUGGGGGAGAGGGGGAAAGCAUUACAAAUGAGUACGGGGAAAUCCAAGCUGACGAGAUCAUGAUCGUAUCCGAAGGCAGGACUCUGAGCAACGACCAGCUGACGGAAGCCAGUCUUCCCGUGUCCAGCGAGGGAGGGGAGACACCUCAGCCCACCGAGGUCACACCUCCCGGAGUGGUCAACGACAGCAUUGAGAGUGCUCCAGCCACCGCACGCACACCCCGGACUUAAACCCUAAGGGAAUGGCGGACAAGCGUUAACGUCAGAAUAACGUUAACGCUGAAUCAUAGAUGCAUAAGAUUGAUUAGACACCUGUAACAAUGGAUAUUUAAAAAUAAAACAUGCUCCAGGGCGAAUGGGUGUGUUUACACCAGUCGUCUCAACGCCAGGACUAAAGUAAAUCACAUGCGUCUCCUUUCCUGAGUGGACAGUGAGGUAGCCGAGCGGUUAAAGCGUUCGCUCAUCAUACA